AUGAUGAUGAAGAGAGGGGGGAUGGGGUGGGGGGGGGGGGAGGGAUGGUGUGGGGGGGGUGGGAUGAGGUUUGUUUAUGGGGGGUUGGAAUGUUUGGUGGUGGAUGGGAUUGAGCUGUGGGUGAGUGAGCUGUGGGUGAGAGAGCUGUGGGUGAGUGAGCUGUGGGUGAGAGAGCUGUGGGUGAGUGAGCUGUGGGUGAGUGAGCUGUGGGUGAGUGAGCUGUGGGUGAGUGAGCUGUGGGUGAGAGAGCUGUGGGUGAGUGAGCUGUGGGUGAGAGAGCUGUGGGUGAGUGAGCUGUGGGUGAGAGAGCUGUGGGUGAGAGAGCUGUGGGUGAGUGAGCUGUGGGUGAGUGAGCUGUGGGUGAGUGAGCUGUGGGUGAGAGAGCUGUGGGUGAGAGAGCUGUGGGUGAGAGAGCUGUGGGUGAGAGAGCUGUGGGUGAGUGAGCUGUGGGUGAGUGAGCUGUGGGUGAGAGAGCUGUGGGUGAGAGAGCUGUGGGUGAGAGAGCUAGAGCUGUGGGUGAGUGAGCUGUGGGUGAGAGAGCUGUGGGUGAGAGAGCUGUGGGCGAGUGAGCUGUGGGUGAGUGAGCUGUGGGUGAGUGAGCUGUGGGUGAGAGAGCUGUGGGUGAGUGAGCUGUGGGUGAGAGAGCUGUGGGUGAGAGAGCUGUGGGUGAGUGAGCUGUGGGUGAGUGAGCUGUGGGUGAGAGAGCUGUGGGUGAGAGAGCUGUGGAGCUGUGAGCUGUGGGUGAGAGAGCUGUGGGUGAGUGAGCUGUGGGUGAGAGAGCUGUGGGUGAGUGAGCUGUGGGUGAGUGAGCUGUGGGUGAGAGAGCUGUGGGUGAGAGAGCUGUGGGUGAGAGAGCUGUGGGUGAGAGAGCUGUGGGUGAGUGAGCUGUGGGUGAGUGAGCUGUGGGUGAGAGAGCUGUGGGUGAGAGAGCUGUGGGUGAGAGAGCUGUGGGUGAGUGAGCUGUGGGUGAGUGAGCUGUGGGUGAGAGAGCUGUGGGUGAGAGAGCUGUGGGUGAGAGAGGUGUGGGUGAGAGAGCUGUGA